AAUUAGUAAUAAAGUUCAAUCAAGUGGAGCAGUAUGGCAAAACCGUAAUGAUCCACUCGGGGAAAUGAAGUCAAAUAGUAAUAUUAAACACGAAAGUGCAUUAAAUAAACAUUGUCAAAACAUUUCAAGGUGUCCAAAGGUGAUAAGUGGUGGGAGUAAACUCUGUAAUGUAAUGUGAUUGGAUAGUGUCCAUGCUGAAUAUGGUAUUUAAAGUAAAUAGUAAUGAUAAGCUUUGCCUUGCCUGAGAGUUGACUCUUUUUUGAUUACGUGAACAAAUUCAGGAAUUAUGAGCUUCAGUAGAGCAUCUCUUUUGCUCCUCUUUGUGCAGAUGUCCUCAGUCUUCACUUACCAAAAUGUGGCUUUACGUGGAAAAGCCACGCAGUCACGUCUAAUCGACCCGGGAGAGUGGGAUGGAUUUGCAGCAGCGGGUAAUGCUAUCGAUGGAAACCGUAAAUCUCGCUUUAAUUAUGGAUCAUGCAGUCACACUGCAACAGAGGCAAACCCCUGGUGGAGAGUAGACUUGCUGGAGUCCUAUAUAAUCACCUCCAUGAUCAUCACCAAUCGAGAAGACUGUUGCGAAGAAAGGAUCAAUGGAGCAGAGAUUCAUAUUGGCAACAAGUUACAAGACAAUGGCGCUGCAAACCCACGGGUUGCUAUAAUUUCUUCAAUUCCUGCAGGGAGCUCACACACGAUAACUUUCAGUAAUCGUGUGGAGGGACGUUAUGUCACUGUGCUUUUACCAGGUUCAAACAGAAUUCUUACACUCUGUGAAGUGGAGGUUUAUGGGUAUCAUGCCCCAACUGGAGAGAACCUUGCACUCCAAGGAAAAGCCACGCAGUCAUCAGUGCAGACCUUAGGGCUUGCAUAUAACGCCAUAGAUGGAAAUCGUAACAGCGACCCAGAAAAAGGAUCCUGCACUCAGACAAGCUAUGACAACAUCCCCUGGUGGCGACUUGACCUGCGCAAAACACACAAAGUGUUUUCUGUUAAGAUAGUAAACUCUGAUUCUGACCCAGAACGACUCAACAGGGCUGAGAUUCGCAUUGGAGACUCUCUUGACAACAAUGGCAACAGCAAUCCCAGGUGUGCUGUGAUCACAAGUAUCCCUGCAGGCGGCAUUCAAGAGUUCCAAUGCAACGGGAUGGAUGGCCGCUACGUUAACAUUGUCAUCCCAGGAAGAGAGGAAUAUCUGAGUCUGUGCGAAGUGGAGGUUUAUGGUUCUGUCCUGGAUUAGGUGGAAAAAUUAUUUCACUUACAGAAUUUUAACAAAUCAAAAGAAAUCCAUCACCCUAUGACAACUGGGAUAGGCCAUCAUAGGCAGGGGACACAGUGCCAAUUUAUCAGAAUAGAAUCAGAAGGCUAAUAAAGAGAGACCUGUAUUCCAAUCUGAGCAUCACACACUGACUUUGUGUAAACAACAGCUAAAGAACAGUUAGCUAAAGGCAGUUACU